CGGCGCGGCGGACUGUGCGGACAUGGCCGCGGCGGUGGCGGUGGCGGCCGCGUCCCGGCGCCAGUCGUGCUACCUGUGUGACCUGCCCCGUAUGCCCUGGGCCAUGAUCUGGGACUUCACGGAGCCCGUGUGCCGCGGCUGCGUCAACUACGAGGGCGCCGACCGCGUGGAGUUCGUCAUCGAGACUGCGCGCCAGCUGAAGCGUGCUCACGGCUGCUUCUCCGAGGGCCGCUCCCCGACCGGCGCGCAACCCUCGACCGCCAAGCCGCCGCCUCUGUCGGCCAAGGACCUUCUGCUGCAGCCGCCGCCGCAGCUGGGCCACGCGGGCGCGGAGGCCGCGCGCGCUCAGGCCAUGGAGCGCUACCCGCUGGCCCCGGAUCGGGCCUCGCGCCUGGCCUCCGACUUCGGCACGCGUGCGGGUGCAGGCCUCCCGCAGUCGGCCACGCCGCAGCCGGCGCCGGCCAACGGCAUCCUGGUGCCCAACGGCUUCUCCAAGCUGGAGGAGCCGCCCGAGCUGAAUCGCCAGAGCCCGAAUCCGCGGCGGGCACACGCCGUGCCGCCCACCCUGGUGCCUCUGGUGAACGGCUCCGCCGCGCUGGGGCUGAGUGGCCGUGCCGCGGCCACCCUGGCCGCGGUGAGCGGGACAUCGGGUCUGGGCGCCCAGCCCGCCGAGCUGGGCACCCACAAACGACCGGCCUCGGUGUCGGGCGCGGCGGAGCACGAGGCGCGUGAGUCGAGCAAGGAGAAGGCGCAGCCCGCGCACCGGAGCCCGGCCGACAGCUUAUCCGGCGCUCCCGGGGCGAGCGAGCUCGGCGCCGACGGUGCAGGCAAGGGUCGAGCACCCGGGGAGCAGGACUGGGCCAGCAGGCCUAAGACGGUGCGCGACACGCUACUGGCGCUGCACCAGCACGGCCACUCGGGGCCCUUCGAGAGCAAGUUCAAGAAGGAGCCGGCCCUGACUGCAGGCAGGUUGUUGGGUUUCGAGGCCAACGGGGCCAACGGGUCUAAAGCAGUUGCAAGAACAGCAAGGAAAAGGAAGCCUUCUCCAGAACCGGAAGGGGAAGUCGGGCCCCCUAAGAUCAAUGGCGAGGCUCAGCCUUGGCUGUCCACUUCCACAGAAGGGCUCAAGAUCCCCAUCACCCCUACAUCCUCCUUUGUGUCUCCACCACCCCCUACUGCCUCUCCUCAUUCCAACCGGACCACACCGCCUGAAGCGGCUCAGAACGGCCAGUCCCCCAUGGCAGCCCUGAUUUUAGUAGCAGACAAUGCCGGGGGCAGUCACGCCUCGAAAGAUGCCACCCAGGUUCACUCCACCACCCGGAGGAACAGCAGCAGCCCUUCCUCUCCCUCCUCUAUGAACCAAAGAAGGCUCGGCCCCAGAGAGGUGGGGGGCCAGGCCGCUGGCAGCGCAGGAGGACUGGAGCCGGUGCACCCUGCCAGCCUCCCAGACUCCUCUCUGGCAGCCAGCGCCCCCCUGUGCUGCACCCUCUGCCACGAGCGGCUGGAGGAUACCCACUUUGUGCAGUGCCCUUCUGUCCCUUCGCACAAGUUCUGUUUCCCUUGCUCCAGACAAAGCAUUAAACAGCAGGGCGCUAGUGGAGAGGUCUAUUGUCCAAGCGGGGAGAAGUGCCCUCUGGUGGGCUCAAAUGUCCCCUGGGCCUUCAUGCAAGGAGAGAUUGCCACCAUCCUCGCCGGAGACGUGAAAGUGAAGAAAGAGAGAGACUCGUGACUUUCUGCGAUCAGGAAAGCCCACGGUUACCCUUAAACUUCUUGAACUGUAUAUAAAUCUCCAUAUAUAUAUAUAUAUAUAUAUAUAAAUAUAUAUAUCCAAGACAAGGGAAAUGUAGACUUCAUAAACAUGGCUGUAUAAUUUUGAUUUUUUUGAAUACAUUAUGUUUAUAUUUUUUUUUUGACGACAAAAGGUAUGUACUUUAAAAGGCAUUUUCUUCUUUUGUUAACGUUAUUAGGCUGUCUGCUUGACUCUCCUGGUGACAGUUGCCGUUCUAUGUAGGCUGCGACUUGGCUGCUUUUUUUUUUGUGUGUUUGUUUUUUUUAAAGAGCACUUGGCAAACAAAUGCUUCUAGCCGUAUUUGUAUGCACUUAUUUUAAAAGAGAAAAAAAAAAGCCAAAUACAUUUUUCUGACGUUGUAAGAUU